UAUUCUAGCAAUUUUCUAAGUGUAAAAGAGAAAUACUUAACAGUUGUCUCUAUUUUUGGGUCCCUUCAUUAUUUUAGACUUUGUCCAUAUUUAUUGCACUAAGAGGCUGAGAGGUAUGCUGAGAGGAGUGAUGCCUGUUUUUAUUUGUCGUGCUCCAUCAUAGCUUUGCUAAUCCAAAUGUGUAACUACAGUGGUUCUUUACAUACCAUAUAGGGCUAAUGAUAAGCUUGGGUUGCUUUUGUUUACUCCUCCUAUUUAGAGUAAAAAAGACUUGGAAAUAGAACACAUCACAACACAAAGGCGCCUGUCUCAUAAUAGCUUGGAUAGUUUUGUGACAACUCGCACUAAUCUUGUGACGGUCAUAUUAUAAAAAAAUGAGGAGAGUAGCACCCCAUUGAAAAAAAAAUCGGCUUUUGUGUGUAUUCUGCAGCUUCAGCACAGUUGUCGUCACACCUUCUAAUAGCAACGAUUCAGGCAUACUGCUAUGAUUAUUGUUCUCAGAUUUAGCCUUGCUCUUCCUAGAUUUACUCGUCUUAGUAAAGCUAGACCUCUUUAAGGGUAAAUAUGUUACUAUCAAAUAGACCUACACAAAGAGUCCUUAUCCUGAAUAAAGGGUUUAGUAUCUCUUGUACUUAAAAUGUUUUUUUUUACCUGUAAUAGGAUAUUUGAGGCCAAUGCUAUACUAUUUUAUGCUCAGAAAACAAUAGCUGCUAGACUGCUAAUAAUAAGCACAUUUUAAGGUAAACAAUAUCACACCCCCACCCAUAUCAGCAGCUAUCAUAUUCAUUGAGAACUGCUUGUUUUAAAGGCACAGCAUGUUUUAAUCUGGUGGUAGUCAGUAGUGAGAAGCACAGAUGGUUUCAGCAAAUUAUGAAGGCUGCAGAAGCAAAUGCCCUUCAUCUGCAAGGUGCCAUUUUGAUGAAAACUGACAUGAUAUUAAAGAACAAACAGAAUGUAACUAGAAAAUCACAUAUGCAAAGAGUACGUUUUUGAAAAGAAUAUUCAAGUAUGGACACCAUUCGAAUCGUUCAUAGGUCAAGUGUGAAGCAAAUGUAUUUAGAAGCAUGUUAACACUGAAACAAGAAUGUGAGUUGAUCAAAUAAUUGGUUUCUGAGUAUGGAAUUCGUUGUCUGAUAAAACAAAUGAAGUAACUGGACCGCCUAGCUGGAAUGGUUAUGCAACACUAGUAGUUUGUUUAUGCCACCCCAUCAGCUGAUUAGGGCUUAAUGAUGAACUUUUAUAUGAUGAAGAUGGAAACACUUUACCGGAGUUAACUUUUGAAAAUGAUCCCAUUGGUAUACGAAGUCCACCAUCGGUUCCCGAAGAUAUGUAUAGAUUAUAUUAUCCACCGGAAAAAAGACAUGCUGAUAAAGUAUUCCACGAUACAUAUAGGGCCAUCCUGGGUGAGUUAGCAGCAAGGAAAUAUGUGGCCUCAGUGAUGAACAAACGCGUAGGUAGUGGACGCAGCGUGGAGGAGAAUUCUGAACCUUUAUCCAAAAGACACUCGGAUGGCAUCUUCACAGACAGCUACAGUCGAUACCGAAAACAAAUGGCUGUCAAGAAGUACUUGGCAGCAGUCCUGGGGAAAAGCCUUGAAGAUAUUAAUAUUGACCAUUUGCUACUGGACAUAGACAUUGAUGCUCUACUACGAGGGGAUUAUGAUGCUAUUUUGGGAGAAUUGCUGAAGCAGAUUCCUCCCCGGGUGAGUUUCAUCUCCCUUUCCAAACUACUUUUCAUACCAGCCUGUCGCAAGGGGCACUGUCCCUCUUGCUAUAAAUUUCCAAUUUUCCUACCUUCUUUCGCUCCAGUUUUACCUGUGUCUCUUCAAUGGGGUUAUUAUAAAUCAUGCUGGCCAAUCAGGACUGUUGAAUAAAAUAAGAAACUACUGUUUUAUGAUGUCUGGUCUAGAUGUUUCUAAACCAGAAUAUUUUUAAAUUGAAAACGACUAAGAAUAUUCUGCAUGGUUUAUAACAGCCAUCCAAGUUCAUGUCUGCACAAACUGUUGUUCCUGCUCUCUGAUUGCAAGGUAGGGACCACAUGCGUGCCUGAAGCUCUCCAAAAUUUACAUUUAUAUGUAUUGCGUUAUUUUAAAUUUCCCUGUUUCAGAGCAGUAAUUGGUAUUAUUAAUAUGGUUAGAAGUAUACUCUCCUGGCCAUUGUUUGUUUGGACUACUUCAUUUCGUAGUGCAAUUUUCUCACCCAAUAUGGGAAACGAAUUCUGCCCUCUAAAAGGUUGCAGGUCUGCUGUAUUUUUAACCACAGGGUUGUUAAUCAACUCAACAAUUCAACAUAUAAACAUGGGAAACGAUGCUGAAGUAAACUAAUAUCAGACAUUCGCAGGUCUCCCCAAACAAUGGCCUGAUCUUACUCACAGAACCACUUGCUUGAAAUUAUUUAAAGUUUCCUAUGAAAAGAUAAAAUGGAAGAGCAGAAGAGUCAUGGAUGUUCUGUUAAGUGCGUUUUUGAAAAGGAAUGAAGCCAGGCUAAUUGGAGGGAAAAGCACAUCCUUUAGCUUUAUUGCCUAGCUGAGAGCAGCUUAGGAACUUAGCUUUAUGCAAAGUAUUAUGUGUUACUCUCAAGUGCUGUCAACACUUUUCAUCUUGUAUUUAAAUUACUUUGAACUUUAUUUCUAUCUCUCUCUUACAAACUUUCACUUGGACUCGUUUACUUUUUAUGUUUUAUUGCUGUUUUGUAGAUAUAUAAAUCUUCCAUUUUGUCCAGCUUUAAAAAAAGCACUACUGCCGUUUUAUUACAUUUUUAUUGUUAAUGCCUUACAUAUUUUCAUUUGUUAUGAUAUGCUGGCAUGUUGUGAAUUUUAGGAGCUCUUUACUGUGGUUAUCACUAAAUAAUUAUGCACUUACACCAGUCUUUUUGUUCCUUGUUGACUGAUUUGUUGGUUGGGGGUGGAUUAAUUUAAUUAUGAUUUUGAUGAACUACGCAUAUGACAUGUUUAAUAUAAUAUGUAAAAGCAUGGCUUUAAUGUCAAAUAUUUAGCAGGUGAUACACA